AUGCCUCCACGACACCUAACUCUUCCCUCGGCGCAGACUGCUUCGGCACGUGAAGCUCAAAAAUCUUUCUACUGCCAGCUCUGCUCAAAAGGCUACUCACGCAUGAAUGACUAUGAAGCCCAUCUCAGUAGCUAUGAUCACAGUCACAAACAGCGCCUCAAAGACAUGAAGGCCAUGGUUCGUGACCCCACCGCGGGCUCUCGUGCGCGUAAGGCCGAGGCCAAAGCCGACGGUCUCAUCAGCAUCAAGCUCCCUGGCCAAGAGACUGCCACUGGUGGAGGAGGUUUCAAGAAAGGCGGCUUCAAGAAGAGUGGCUUCAAGAGUGCUUUCACCAAAGUUGAGGGUAGUGGAUCAGCAGCAACGACGACUGAGAAACCCAAGCCGGCCAGUACACUUGAUUCAGCACCAAUCAAUCCGGGUCUCCAGAAGAACUUGUCACCAGAGAGCGACACUGAAGACGAAGGAUAUGAAGUCUAUGACCCUCGGUUUCCCACCGACUGA